AUGUCAAGCGCCAAAAUUCAAACCUUGAAAAGAAAAGAACGUAAACAUUACAUUUUAUGUAAACACAAAAUGAAUUUUAUCAGUAUAAAAACAUAUGGCAGGGCAAAAAACCGCGUGAUUAAAACCGACCUAUGGAUUUCACCUGAAGUACGAAAAGAUCGCCUGUUCGCUUCCACCAGUUCAGAAAGUUCUGUUGAAUCAACCUCUUCUGCUUCUGUAGUAAAUGACGAGGUUAAACAAAGUUGCGAUUCUUUACCCAGUGAAGACAAGUCUGUGGUCCAACAUUCCACACCGUUUUCCUGUCAUCCUCAAACUUCACUCAAACCUAGAAGGUUGACAAUUUUAAGUUCACCUGUCACAUCAGCUUCUUCAUCGAAACAAAACAAAGAAAAUCUUGUAGGUAGUCCAUUAUUUAUAACUGACAACUCAUGUAUUGAGAGCAGUUUGCACUCGGAUGAUGCCAGCCGUGACAUUUCGGAUGUUCAAAUGGAGGAAAAUAACAUCCCAAGCAGAGAAUUUGACUGCAAAGAACACAAGAUAGACAGCACUGGUAGCCCAUCGCUUGGUAAUGAUGAAAUUAUCUUCAUUUCAACUGAUGUCAGCAAUUGCGACCUGACUAAUGAUCAUUCAGUUUGUCUUGAUGAUAACUCUGCUUUUAGUGGUUUGGAUGUGCAGGAAUUGUGCAAGAGUGUGAAAAAAUUUUCUUUGGAUGAAGUUAUUCCAGGUAAUAAUUUAAGAGCAGGAUGCGGUGGGUUCGUUGUUGGGGAUGAUUGGAAAAUUGAAUUGGAAUCAUCAAGUCCUGCAUUCGACGUUAAGAAUGUUCAUCUGGUAAAUCCUUCUAAAAAACAAACAGACAAUGGACGUUGGUUUGAUGCAGAAAUCCGUUUGCCAAAAAUAAAAUUGCAGUCAUCCUGCAAGGCGACGAAUCAAUGUCAGUCGGAUUUAAGCGCUAUGAAAGAAACUCGCAAAGAUGAAGAAUGCCCUAAUGGUAACCCUAAGAAUGUCGUGGAUGCAACGUCUUCCUUCAUCCAACCUGAGAAUGUCGUGGUUGCAACGUCUUCCUUCAUCCAACCUGAGAAUGUCGGAACGUCGUCCUUCAUCCAACCUGAGAAUGUCGUGGAUGCAACGUCUUCCUUCAUCCAACCUGAGAAUGUCGAGGAUGCAACGUCGUCCUUCAUCCAACCUGAGAAUGUCGAGGAUGCAACGUCGUCCUUCAUCCAACCUGAGAAUGUCGAGGAUGCAACGUCGUCCUUCAUCCAACCUGAGAAUGUCGAGGAUGCAACGUCUUCCUUCAUCCAACCUGAGAAUGUCGAGGAUGCAACGUCGUCCUUCAUCCAACCUGAGAAUGUCGAGGAUGCAACGUCGUCCUUCAUCCAACCUGAGAAUGUCGAGGAUGCAACGUCGUCCUUCAUCCAACCUGAGAAUGUCGUGGAUGCAACGUCGUCCUUCAUCCAACCUGAGAAUGUCGUGGAUGCAACGUCGUCCUUCAUCCAACCUGAGAAUGUCGAGGAUGCAACGUCUUCCUUCAUCCAACCUGAGAAUGUCGAGGAUGCAACGUCUUCCUUCAUCCAACCUGAGAAUGUCGAGGAUGCAACGUCGUCCUUCAUCCAACCUGAGAAUGUCGAGGAUGCAACGUCGUCCUUCAUCCAACCUGAGAAUGUCGAGGAUGCAACGUCUUCCUUCAUCCAACCUGAGAAUGUCGAGGAUGCAACGUCGUCCUUCAUCCAACCUGAGAAUGUCGAGGAUGCAACGUCGUCCUUCAUCCAACCUGAGAAUGUCGUGGAUGCAACGUCGUCCUUCAUCCAACCUGAUGUUCCUCAGAAUCCUUCCUUAUCCAAGAAAACCUUUGAAACACCGCAACGUCGAAUGUCCAUUGUCGGCUGUUACAAUCCCGAAGGAUGUUGCAGCAGUAACGAACGUCAAAAUGGCGUGUUAAAGGAUAUAUCUAACGUUCAGUUUUCCUCGUCCAUCGAAUAUUCUGGAAGAACUUUGACGAAUCAUAAUUGUCCAUACUUUGUGGAAUCCCUGACUCCAGCAAGAUUCCAAGUUUACAGGGAUAGCAAGAGGCGGCAGACAUCACUAGAAAAAAUACUGGCACAAUGUGGACAGCAAGGACCGUUGAAAUUCGAGGAAAUCCUUUCGGCAAGCGUCUUAGAAAAAUGUGUCAAAAUAGGCGAAGGGACUUAUGGAGAAGUCUUCAAGACCAACGAUGGUGGUGAAGAUAUCGCUUUGAAGAUUAUUCCAGUGGAAGGAAACUUUUUUGUUAAUGGAGAGCCACAAAAAUCAUUUGAUGACAUGGUUCCCGAAAUAGUCAUAACAAAGGAACUUAGUUCACUCGGAGACAAAGAAACGUUAAAUUCUGCAUUUUCUUGCUCGAACUUUAUUCAAGUGAAAAGAAUCAUGCUUAUAAAAGACUGUUAUCCCGAGAAAUUGUUAAACGAAUGGGAAAUUUGGAAAAAUAAACAUAAAUGCGAAAAUGACUGUCCAGAUAUGUUUGAAAAAGAUCAAUAUUUUAUCGUCUUCGAGUUUAUGGAAGGCGGUGAAGAUCUUGAACAUUUUCAGUUCAAGUCUAUGACGGAAGCAUUAAGUGUUCUUCAGCAGGUCGCCUUGGCUCUUUCUGUCGCUGAAAACGUGCUGAUGUUCGAACACAGAGAUUUACAUUGGGGAAAUAUUCUUAUCAAAAGAACAACGAGGAAGAACUUACAUUACAAAUUUUUCGGCGGAGAUAUUUCCAUCAGAACGUUUGGCUUGUUCGUCAGUAUGAUUGACUUCACAUUGUCAAGACUUACGAAAGAUGGUUUGACUGUGUAUUGUGAUCUCGCAAAGGAUCCUAGUAUUUUCAAAGAAGGGGACUAUCAGUUUCAAGUCUACAGGCAGAUGAAAAAGCACAACAGCAAUAACUGGGAGAGGUUCAAUCCAUUUACAAAUCUCCUUUGGCUGAAAUAUUUACUGGAUAAAGUUCUUAAUGCAAAGACAUAUAAACAAACAGAUAAUGGCAUUCAAAGACAACUUCGCUCCUACUUUCGACAAGUGCUGUCAUAUGAAUCAGCAUCACUAGCAAUUCUAGAUGCCUUUUUGGGAGUUGAAUGUUAAUACAUAUAGCGGUCCCAAUGAUAACGGGAUAAUGGUCUUUCGGCAGUACUAGACAUGCGCUGUGACAACUACGUAAAGUUCAUGAGAACGCACAGUUUACUGUCAGUUUAUAGUUUACGCCUGUCGAAAAAUGUAAAUUUUGUGCAACAACAUAGAGUUUUGUAAUGUGAAGAGCUUAUAUCUGACAACAAAAUGAUGUCAGAUACAAGCUCUUCACAUUACAUACGAAAUGAUGUUGUGAUGUAUGGUAAAAUCAAUGUAAAUAAUAAUACGGUAUAAUCUUGUAUUGACGAGUUAAAUUUUAUUCAUGUAUUAAAUUGUAUUUACGUUUGUAAUGCGAACGUUGUCUUAUA